GUGGAGUGGGCGUGGUCGCCGGUUGAGGCGCUCGCUGAGCGCGUGCCAUCAGUGGCACCUGGCGACGCCCGUCGAUUGACGUUUCGGACAGUCGACACGUCGGAAUUUCCGAUUUUAUCCCUAUAAAGAACGUGAGAGACAGCGGGCGGAGACAUCGCGGGGUUUCCGUCGGCUGCGGGAGCGUCAUGAAAACUGUGCGGGAGGACGAAGAUGCGAGCGGAGCGUUGAUUAAUCGGUUUACAGCAGGCAAGCUGUACUUGGCCAGCAUCAGCAAAUGGACAAUGUGAGGCAGGAAUCAGUCAGGAGGAGAGGAAAUCCCACCCAGUAUUUGUCCACCAACCGUGUCUUCCUGCCUGGAGCACAAUACAGCAAGAGGUGCCUCCCUCUGGGAUGUCCAAAAAUGGAUACUUCUUUCAAGAAAUGGCGGGAGGCGGAGCAGGAGGAGGGCAGCGAGGGCCGAGAGGAGGGACAGGACUCGCCGAUCGCCUGCGGAGAUGACAUCCACCUCUAUGACAACCAGAUCAGCCCUGGCCCAGAUGCUGAUGACUCUGGUUGUGUGUUGCUGAACACAUCAAGAAGGUAUGUGAAGCUGAUGAACUUUGAGGAGGAGGUUCGGGCUCACCGGGACCUCGAUGGCUUCCUGGCCAGAGCCAGCAUCCUGCUGGACGAGACGGCCGCCUCCCUGGACGACGUCCUGAAGAGGAUGCUGCACCACGUGGGUCAGGACAACCACGUCUCCGAGCCCGGCUGCAACUUCGAGGAGGUGAUGAGCAUGCUGUUCACAGACGCGGGAGCUCAGGAGGUCAGCGACAAGUCUCAAAGUUUCGUUUUCUUUGAUGACGUCCACCUGCUCUCAGAGACGAUUCAGGGGGUGACAGCCACGGCCACCGGGGUCCAGUACCAGCAGUCCUGGCUCUGCAUCCUCUGCAACGUGAAGCAUCUCCAGAGGCGACACGUGUGCAUCUCCCGUCUGGAGAGGCCGCAGAACUGGGGGGAGAACUGCUGCGAGGUCCGCUACGUCAUCCUGAUACUGGCCCCACUCAAAAUGAAAAGCACCAAGACGGCGAUGGAGCUGGGCCGGACGUUCGCCACCCUCUUCUCUGACAUCUCCUUCAGGCAGAAGCUGCUGGAGACCAAGACGCAGGAGGAGUUUAAGGAGGCGCUGGUGUUCCAGAGGCAGCAGCUAACGGCGGUCAACCAGCAGCCCACGGCCCUGGGGAAGGAGGAGACGGACCCUCGCAGCCAAAAGCCCCUCAAGUGUAAAGAUUUCUUCAAAGCCGGUCGGGGGAUUUAUGAGGACUUCUGCCGCAGACUGCCUUUCUACCCCUCUGACUUCACAGAUGGUGUAGUUGGCAGUAAUAAAACCCUGCUGAAGUACAUGACCACAGCCAUCUUCCUCUACAUCGCCAUCCUGCUCCCCGCCAUCGCUUUCGGCUCCCUCAACGACGAGAGCACGCGCGGCGAGAUCGAUGUGAAGAAGACCAUCAUCGGGCAGAGCAUCGGCGGCGUCAUCUACUCGCUGUUUGCCGGCUCCCCCCUAGUCAUCCCUCUCACCACGGCCCCGCUCGCCAUCUUCAUCAGCGUGAUCCGAGGAAUCUGCGACGACUACAACCUGGACUUCCCGGCGUUCUACGCCUGCAUCGGACUGUGGAACUGCCUCUUCCUCAUACUGGGGGGCAUAUUCAAUGUCAGCCUGCUCAUGAAGCUCUUCAAAAGGUCAACUGAGGAGGUCAUUGCUCUGUUUAUUUCCAUUGCCUUUGUGGUCGAUGCAGUGAAAGGCACAGUGAAAAUCUUUCAGAAAUACUAUCGUCCCCCGACGCUGGACAACCGGAGCAUGGAGGGCCUCCCUGAGGGCGGAGACAUGUUGGGAAGAAAUCGAAGUGAAGUGGCGGCUGGCUUGGUGCUCAACUCCCUCCCCGAGUCCUUCAUCCACUGCACUCGAGAGAGACCUGUCCUCUGCCUCCUGCUGAUGCUCGGCACGUUGUGGAUGGGCUACACCCUCUACCAGUUUAAACGAAGUCCGUUCCUGCAUGCCAAAGUGAGGGAGGUGCUGUCGGAUUGUGCCCUGCCGAUCUCCGUGCUGCUGUUCUCCAUCAUCGGUUCCUACGUUUUCAGUGACAUCGGGCUGCCCGUUUUUAAAGUUCACGACCGGCCCAUCUUCAACGUGGCUCAGUUCAACCGGCUGACGAUCAUGAACGUCUUCAGCGCCAUGGGGCUCGGCUUCCUCCUGGCGCUGCUCAUCUUCAUCGACCAGAAUAUUGUGGUGUCGCUGACCAACGCGCCGGAGAACAGGUUGCUGAAGGGCACCGCGUAUCACUGGGACCUGAUGCUCUCGGGGCUCAUCAACAUCCUGAUGUCGUUGCUGGGCUUGCCCUGGAUGCACGCUGCCUUCCCCCACUCCACCCUCCACGUGCGGCAGCUGGCUUUCGUGGAGCAGCGCGUGGAGGGGGGGCACCUCUACGAGACCAUCGUCCAGGUGAAGGAGACCCGGCUGACGUCGCUCGCUGCCAACAUCUUCAUCGGCGUGUCGCUGCUGCUGCUGCCCGUGCCCCUGCAGUGGAUUCCCAAGCCCGUGCUGUACGGCCUGUUCCUCUACAUCGCCCUCACCUCCAUCGACGGCAACCAGAUGUGCGACCGCAUGGCUCUCCUCCUCAAGGAGCAGACGUCUUACCCGCCCACCCACUACAUCCGCAAAGUGCCCCAGAGGAAAAUCCACUACUUCACCUUCCUGCAGAUGAUGCAGCUGCUGGUGCUGUGCACGUUUGGCAUGUACCCGAUACCGUACAUGAAGAUGAUCUUCCCUCUGGUCAUGAUCCUGCUAAUCCCAAUUAGGAACAACGUGCUUCCUCAUAUCAUUGAGGCCAAAUACUUGGACAUAAUGGACGCCCAACACAUGUAGCUACAGGUGGAGACGGACUCUGGAUCCGCAAAAAGACAUCUGCAACAAAGAUUAAUAAAGAAAAAAAAAGGAUUUAAACAACAUAUUUUUCAAUGCAAAACUGUCCGGAAGCAAAAAGGAGAGAUGCCGACUGUUUGGAUUUUUGUAUCUGAUACGAACAUUCUCACAGGUGCAGCACUGGAAAUGUGGGAAGAGAGAAGGAGGAGAUGAGAGCUAGAGGAAAAGGAAGAGAGGACUGUCCAGAAGUCCCUGGUUGACCUCCAUUUAUCCGUAACGCCCCUCAUCCUCCCUCACUCCUUUACUUUGUAGGAUUCCCCUUUACAGCGUCCUCAUUGCAGCCUGCUCCUCGCGUAGAACCCACGGGGACGUUCUUAAAGUACCUGCUAAUACUGUCUGGGAAGGUCUCCACGUGUCCUGGUAAGAGUGCUGCGUUCAGGCCCCUGUAAAGGGAAUUUUAACCUUCACAUUCCUGCACCUUGUGGCUGUGGACACUUCAAGUCAUUCCAACAGAUCUAAGUGUUCAUGAACGUGUGAGCGAGUGAGUGCGUGAGCGUGUGCAGCUUCCUGUGCUCACCCCAAUACAACACAUUCCACAGGUCAUUCCUUAGAACAACAGCACAAACCAAAACAUACAGUGAUGUUAUUAGAAUAUAUUAUGGCAAUAUAAAGAAAUAAUUUUGAUUCAAAUAAAAUAGCAUAUUUAUUUAUCAUGACGAACGCUUAUCUGGUGUGUUUACUCCCUGUUUCGAGUGGUUCGUCCUACAUGUUGUUUACACAUCAGUCCCUUCAGCUCCAUGUCACAGUGCAGCUCAGUUCUGGCGCGUUGUCGGUGAAGAGGGGAGUCACGCCGGGGUCAAACAAUCCAAACGACAUGGGUUCAGCAAAACACAGCCCUUCUUCAUUUCUUUUUUUGUUUUUGUGAACAAGUGUUCAAAGAUCCGUUUUAGAAGAAUCUGGUCUUGUUUUCUAUUUAGAUGUAAUGAUUACACUGUAGAUUGAUGCUUGCCAAUGUUGUCAUGUAAUAAUCCAGAUGAUCUUGUUAUCUACAGUACAAAAAGAAAAAAACUUUGCUUAAAGCAUGCCUCCUCUGGGGUUUUGAUAAUACAAUGUGAUGCCAAUGGACGUGUAUCCCACACAGGACACAGGUCAACAAGCCGAAUGCAACGCUCAGUAUCCAGCAAUACUGUGUAUAAAGCAGAGCUUCAGCUGGGAGGUGAUGGGUUCCCGCUGAAGCUGACCCAUCAGUGGACCAAUGACAAACCAGCUGCGUUUCUAACAGCAACUUUUCCAUCCAUCCUCACGGUAGACACCUGCUGCGCUGACCCGCCGGGUCACCGGAGCGGAGGCAUUAGUAUCCACAUGGCAGCUCUCUCACGCGCUUCUGUUCAACGUCGUCUCACAGAUGCGAGUAAGACGUCCAAUUUAGGCAGACGCCUCAUGCCGAGAUAGCGAGGCGUGAAAGGAAAGCUCGGGAGCAUUUGCAUAAUCCUCGGACUAAGCCUUAAGACCGCGGCGGUCAGAGAGGAGCUGUGGGGUAUGACUGCAAAGCAAAGUUUAGUUUUACGGACUGUCCAUUCGAAUCCACAGAGCGGUAUUAGUUUCUAACUGCGUACAGAGAUUUACCCAUUCUUCUUCUUAUGUGCCGGUAUUGUUGUUGUUCCUUGAUAUCUUCUCUGUACUGAUGAUUUUUGGAAUAGCAGCAAACUUUUCUCACAGGACUCGACGUUGGUUUCAGACACGCUUCUCUGUUGUGAAUCCCCGACUCCCCCUCCUCCUAAUUGGAUUUGACUGGAAUCGCGUACUGUGGUGUUUGACCCCCCCUCCGUUUUUCGUUUCCUGAUUUCACAACCCUCCUUUUUCUAAUCAUGAAUGUAAGAUGUGUGGAUUUUUAUAUAGCAUACUAAUUUGGGUGUCAAACAGAAUCUGUAAUUUUGUCAAAAAGAUCAGCUAUAUUUGUAAGCUGUAAUAUGAAAAAAUGGUAAUCAAACAGAAUGUGUUGGUUUACUAUAGUAUAUAACUAUAUACUGUACAAUGAAAAAGAGACUAUCUCAAGCUGUUUGCCAAAUAAAAAGUAGUAGUGAUGUAAA